UGCAGGAUAUUCUCACAGGAUGUGAUGGCUGGACAGCAGCCGCAGCCCUGAGAUGUGGAGGGAAGAGUCAGCUGAGAGCAACUCUCUGGUUACUAUCGAUCUGUGAGUGGGUGGGUGUGAGCACUGAGGAUGUGAAAUCAACAUGGUCAGGAGGAACAGUGAAACAGUGAAAGUUAUCAGCACCAUGGCCGUCUUCCAGCUGCUCUUCCCGCUGAUGGUCAGCUGCGUGGCGGCAUCCGCACGUCCUCAACGCCACCUCCCUGCAUGCCAAGUUGUCCAGAUGGAUGCGUUUUGCAGCGAUCUGAGCCUCAGAAGUGCCCCAGUCGACCUUCCUCAUAGCGUCCAAAUGCUGGACCUCUCUCGCAACCAGGUGCAGAAUCUCAGCCAGGAAACUCUAGCCUACCGCACCGGCUUCCAUUAUCUGAACCUGCACUCCAACAAGAUCCUCUUCAUCCAGCCGGGGCUCUUCAAAGACAUGACUGAUCUAAAAGUCCUGGAUCUGUCCAGGAAUCAGCUGAAUGUUUUCGCUCUCUCCAAAAUCAACAUCGGGCCUCUCACCGCUGUGGAGUCACUCGAUCUUUCAAGCAACGGGCUGUACACGGGGAUGUCGGACUACUUCCUGGCUGACUCUCCAUUGCUGGCGAACCUUUCUCUGAACAGCAACAGCAUCACCAAAAUAGCACAAAACACCUUCAGCGGAUCGUCGUCGUUGAGGAAAAUCAGCCUCCACAACAACGUCAUCUUGGAGAUCGAAGACGGAGCUUUCGAGUCCUUGAAUAGUCUGACUGAACUCGACUUGUCCAAGAACUCCAUCACGUGCAUCACAGACUUCAACCUCUGCAACUUAAAGGUGCUCAAUCUCAGCAAGAACAGCGUGGAGCUUUUCCAGAGCACAACAUCGACGGAUUUCUAUAAACUGCUCCGUCUUGAUCUGAGUGAAAACAAAAUGCUUUACUUCCCUCUUCUGCCUAGAAACAACGUACUCGAAUACCUGGAUAUUUCACGAAACCAUCUUCAGAGCGUCAACGUCACAGAAAGUCAUAUAAAGAAGGCAAAGGUUUAUUUUUAUUUCCUGAGAUAUUUGGACAUGAGUUACAACCAACUCAAAAGCAUACCAGAGUCCUUUUUCUACUGUAUGGGAUCACUGGAGGUCCUGAAUGUGAGCAAUAACUGCAUCAGCUCGUUCUCGAUCACUAACGAAGGCCUCCUGCAGACGGUGAAGACUAUUGAUCUCAGCUAUAACUCGCUGCAGAGCCUCACAUUUGGGGAAAACACUCUGAAAUCGCUUGAAAAGCUCCUCUUACAUGGAAACGACCUCACCAUCCUCGACCAUCAAGUAUUUCAAAGACUUCCAAGCAUCAAACACCUGCAGCUCCGGCAGAAUAAUCUGAUGAUCUGCCCUUCAGACCACCAGGAUCCUCCAGAUUGUGUCUCCUUUUCUUCCAUACCAAACCUGGAGUUCCUGGAUCUGUCUGAAAACAACCUGUGGACUCUUCCUGCGAACGUGUUUGUCGACACCCCUCUGAAGUUACUGGACUUGUCCCUGAACCCGGGUUUAGAUAUGCACAAAGACUCCUUCUCUGGUCUAGAGCACUCCCUGGUCCACCUCUUCCUGAGGGAGAACAACAUUUCCAGUCUAAACACAGACCUGUCGUCGCUGAGGAGUCUCAAACACAUCGACCUGUCCACCAACCAGCUGACCGCUGUACCUACGUGGAACAAAGACUCCUCCAUAGAGUCGCUAAACCUGCAGAACAACAACCUGGUCACGCUGGAGUACAGCACCAUGCACGCUCUGGAGCACUCACUAAAAACCCUCUACAUGGGCUCCAACCCUCUGAGCUGCUGCAGCAACCUGGACUUCCUCCAAAUGGUCCAGAACUCGGCCGUGGUCGUCCCCGACAUCGAGACCGUGACCUGCGUUCACGAUGAGUACUCAGAACCGGUAAACAUCGAGAAAUUGACCCAGGAAAUGUGUCACAGAUCAAGAGUCCAGAACUAUAUUAUCGCCGUUGUUGUGAUAGCGUUAGUUUUGUUGAUCGUGCUGGGGCUGCUGGUUAAAUGUUGCCACUCGAGGAAACGAAAGCCCAACAGAAGCUUUAACGCUUAAUGUGAAGCCAUGAAGGAAUUUAUAUUUGGGACUUUUAACCAAAGACAAAGAAAAAUAUGAAUGUAGAGUGAAGUCUUCUGAAGGGACGAUUUAUGAUUUGAUUUGGGUUUACCACUACUACCAUCUUUGCCCCUAGAGUGAAUGAAUUUGGUAAAAAGGGGAAGAAGAAACAACAAUGGCUGCCGGAUCGCCUGAGACACCUGUCAAUCAAGGUGCCACACAUGCCAUAAUAUCUCCUAAAUCAGUGGUUCCCAAAGGGGGGCGCGGCGAGGCUAAAUAUUAAUGAUGAUAUCUACAAAACGGGGACCCUGCAGAAAAGGUUUGGGGCUGCAAGCCAGUCUCAUAGGAAGGCGUAUAAAUACCACAACAUCACACGGACACUCAGCGUAUCAUGAGUGCACAUUUUAGCGUGUCAUUUGUAAGCCAACGUCCGCAGAUAGGUUCAGGCAAGAAAACCACUUAGUUAGGGUAAAGGAAACCAUCAUGGUUGGGUUUAAAAUAAGUACGUAAACUAAGUAAAACAUGUACGGAAACAACCAUGGAAAACACGUCACAAAUGUCAACAAAAAACACGUGACAAAAACAAAACAAAACACCGAUCAACAAUGGUCUCGAACCGGUGAACACAGGUUUCCUGGUUCAAAGUCCAUUGUUUGUUGGACCCACCCGCCAACCAUAAGUGGUCUUUCUUGCUUUAUCUACGUCACUAACUCUUAACGUAACAUUUACACGCAGAUGUGUCUACAUUGCAGUCAGUAUGGGAUACAUGGCGUACAAAUGACACGUGAAAAUCAAGAAAGGCGUCCUUAUUGCACCCUAAACGCCUUGUACAUUAUCGUGGCAUUCAUACGCCUUUUUCGUGUGAACAGGCUGGGAAACCACUGUCCUAAAUGAAGACAAUAGACUUGAACUAUUGAAACCAGAACUUCUUGUGGAAAAUGUUUUCCUGUUGGAGUUUGGACUUUUGGUCAUUUCAGGAACUGCAACUUCAAAGCCUUGAAGCAGGAGUGUUUCCUGUUUUGCUAACCAGCAUAAGUUUAUUGAAUGUAAAAGGAUAAAUAAACACUAAACACAUUUCAACACUGUUGAGCCUGACAUAAAAUGCAAAAGCAAUAGUUUUUUUUUUUUGGGAAAACACGCUUUCUUGCAGAGAGUUAGGCCUAGAUGGGAAACCACCAUAGAAAUAGAAUAGGAGUAGAACGGACUACUGUGGAAACUCUUGCGAGGUUGUUAAGAUUAGGCAUUUAUCUUGAAUAGUUAAGGUUAGGCAUUGACAUUGAAUGGUUAAGGUUAGGAUAGGUCGUCAGGCAGCGAGUCUCGCAAGAGAUUUCGUAAGUCUUUGGGGCUCCCUUCUAGACACGACCGUGUGUU